AUUACCUUGAGGGAAACCUUCGAUGGCUGUUACCACGGUCAACACAUGAAUUGUUAUAAAGGCUACUGUGGAUAUGAGAGCUACCUGGAUAGGCAAAGAGCCACACUUGACAGCAGCACCAACGCUCCAAUCUAUAACAGAAAAUGGUGCGAAGCAGAAACAGUGAUGACAAGAAUUGUUCCAUCCAACAGACCUUUCUCUAUGCGAUCAGCAAGCUGUUGCUGGAUUCCAACAAGGAACUACCUCUAUAGUUGGAGACUACUGACCGCUCUGGAUUUGGGUACAAGAUCUGACACAGGAAAGCCAAACAAAUCACCAGUUAUUGGCACGCUACCUUUUCUUCGGGUUCCUCAAAAUUGCCCACGGAGGUACAAGCUAAUGGCCUUUGAUGCUGAUGGAGAUCAAGUACGAUGUAGAUAUGGAAUUCUCAGGAAUAGAGAAUGCAGCUCGUGCAGUCACCCUGUAGGCUUUUACCUGGAUCAGCACUCUUGCACAUUGUACUACAACAAUACCCAUAAUGAUACUAGAGUUUUUGGAUUUGAAUUGGUAGUGGAGGACUUUCCAAGACACCCCAUUACACUCUCCUAUAGUGAUGGCUCCUAUUCCUACAAAUCUCCUCUAAUGUUCAGGAGAAAGAGGCGGUAUAUUAAUCCAUACACAUCUUCGUGGACAACUAACACAAGUACCACCAUCCCAUACUGGUGGUCGCAAACUAGAGGAUCAAAUAUUACAAGCUCUGAGACGACAACAGAAGCAACCACACCGUGGCAUCGAAGACCUACAAAGGCACACCCAAGGUCGUGGAAUACAAGAUCGACAACAACAGGACAAACCACUACAAUGCAGCACCAUACUACAACUCCUCGACCUGCCCCAAACACAAUGAUACCUACAACAACAAACUGGGCGUUGUGGACUACAAGAUCAAGACAUGCCAUUACAAGGCAGCACCGAACCACAACAUCGCCAACGAACACUCCUCGACCUACAGCCGCAAUGACAACCACGACUGAACCUCUCUACCUUGGAACUCUAGCUCUCAGCAAACUACCCUUGCAAUUCUCCUUAUUGGUGGACCCUGAUAUUCCAUCAUGUGAAGAAGGACUUUACAUACCACGUUUUCAACAUCCAACACCCGAGAAUGGACAACAUAUCUAUGCAGAGGUCAACAAAGAGGUGGAGAUCAGAGUCAAGGCGAAAGCUACGCAAUCAAUAAUACAUGACAUCAUUAUGAGUGGACCAAGGAAUAGCAAUAAGCACAGAACCACACACAACGAGUUCGUCAUAAGGUGGAUCCCGAAGCCUGGCGAUAUAGGUGGACACUUCCCACUGUGUUUUGCUGUCGAAUCAGGGCCCAAUCCAGUCUAUCAAUCUGAAAUGAGGUGUGUGCUGAUUAAUGUAAACAAGAAGACAGUUGAAGCCAAGGUGACGUGCUAUCAGUCCAGUAUGAAAGUAGAAGUUGAGAAAGCGUCACUCAGUGGGAUCCAUGUGGAAAACCUACGUGUCAAUGAUGCCAGCAACAUUCUGUGCAAUCUCCAGACAAACUCCAACAGCACACAUGUAGUUGGAAUCAUCCCCCUUAACUCUUGUGGCACUCUUCUGGAGGAGGACGAAACAUACCUUAUUUUCAAAAAUGAAAUAACAACUAUAGACGACCCCGAUGACUUUAUCACCAGGAAACACAGACUGGAAUUGGACUUUGAGUGCCAGUAUCCGAAACGAGGAAAUGUGACCCAGACUUUCCUCUCACACAGAGAGACGUUCAUUGUUUGGGAAAAGGGUUUCGGCAGGUUCACCUAUCAAUUCGAGUUCUACCCGAAUGACCGAUUCCAAAGCAGGAUUAGUCCAAACUCAUACCCUCUAGAAUAUGACCUAGGAAAGAGGAUUUACAUGAAGAUAGAAGCCUCCUCCUCCAUCAACAAUACAGAACUUUUCGUUGAAUCGUGCAGAGCUGCUCCAUAUGACAACCCUAACGUUCGGCCGACUUACUCUAUCAUUGAAAAUGGAUGUGCAGUGGAUCAAACAGUUUUGAUGUACAACACUUCUGAUCAACAUGAAUUCAAGUUCAGCAUGGAGGCCUUCAAAUUCAUUGGUUUGCAUGACCAAGUAUAUAUCAGCUGUUCAGUCGUGAUGUGUGAGGCAGGGAACCCAUACACUCGGUGCUCAAAGGGAUGCAUCAACACCACAUCGAACCACCAUUACUAUAAGAGAGAGGCUGUCAUCCAAAGCGCAAACCACCUUGUUUCUCAAGGGCCAUUACGUCUUCAGAGAUCAGCAGAGAGUAACAAAACCACAGUGAUGAAUUUCAAUCUGAACCUCGUCUUUAUUGCUGGAUGUCUUCUUGCAGUUGCUGGCAUGAUGGCUGUUGUCAUGUACAAAGCCAAAAUGUCCAGAUUUACGUAUCAACGUUUGCCAACUUCUGAAAAUUAAAAACGUGCGCAUAUGUUCAUAAAGUUUUAUUUUGAGCAGAUGCAUCUGGGUAUCAUAAUCAUAUAUCAUUACAAAAAUGAAUUCAUGAUUUGAAUGUAAAAGGUAUAAUAAGGAUGUUAAUUUUCUGGUGUGCUUGCUCAAUAGUCAGAGGAACUUCUUUUUUCCAAUCAACCUACAUUGAAAGGACAAUCAAACAGCAGUGCAGCUAUGACCAUUAAAUUUGACUGUGAGAACGAGAGCAUAAAAUCUCCAUUAUGAUUGCGAAUGAGUUGAGAAAAUUGUAAUGUACCUGAGAAUAAAAAUA